CCCUCUCUUCACCGGUCCAGGUAGGCCGCGAUAACAACGAAGAUGGCUUCUGCGACCAAACCAGUCGCCUUCUUUCUUCUCAUCUUUCUGUUUCCUUUCUCUCUCCAUGCAUCAAAAUCUGCAGACCCAACUCCAGCUCCCUGGCCACACCAAUUCCACUCAAUACUCAUCAUGAACCAAACUCAAACUGGCGCCCUCCAGGUAAACGAUCUCUGGUACGACUGGCCCAAUGGCCGAAACUUCAACAUACUUCAGAACCAGCUAGGCAAGCUCACUUAUGACCUUGAAUGGGACAAUGGAACCUCCUAUAUCUACACCUUGGACUCCGAUAAGGAAUGCAGGGUCUUGCAUUUCGAUGUGGGUAUUCUCCACCCAAACUGGCUCGAUGGUGCCACCUACCUGGGCCAACAAUACCUUGAUGGGUUUCUCUGCAAUGUUUGGGAGAAAGUAGACUUCAUUUGGUACUACGAGGAUGUCCUCACCAAGCGACCUGUUCACUGGCUCUUCUUCAAUGGGUAUAGUGCUCAUGUGAUGACAUUUGAGGAGGGAGCAGUACUGGAGGAUGCUAAUUGGCAGGCCCCUGUUUAUUGUUUUUUAGAUGAUAAGGAAGAAGAGAAGAGGAAUAGCCCUGUAACUGAAGUUGGGGUCCGGGUCAGUAAAGGGGUUCCGGGGAGGUUUAUUAGAGAGGUAAUCAAUGCCUCUGCAGGCUUACAGGCUGUAAUUGAAGGGGCAUAGCCCUAUCUCUUCAAGCUUUCGUUGUUUGAUAUUUGAAUAAUUGUCGACAAAAUGUCGAGGUUGGUUAGGCAUCAUGCUUUGGCUGCCAUGGUAAUUGUAUGCUAUAGUAUUGCUUAAAUACUACCUGAAAAUUGUGAUAGAAAA